UAGUGACUCUCUCUCUCUCAGGUGUGUCGCUCUCAGUGCGACUCCCUCCGCGAUCGCGCCUCCUCUCUGGAGCUCCAAGGCUCCUCGCUGACCACCGACCUCUCCCGGGUCCAGGGCCUCCUCUCUCGAAGCCGCAAGGAGUCGGCCUCCUUCCUGUCGGCGUGUGCCCUGCUGGCCGGGGCCUUGAAGCAUGCUCACCGCCGCUUGCAGGCGCUCUCCAAACAGAAAAGACUCCUGUCCAGGCGGCUGGCAGAGAGGGAGAUGCUGGAGGAGGAGGUGAGGAGGCUGGCUGCUGCUCUGGGAGGUGAGGAAGAUAAGGAAGAGGAGGGAAGUGGAAGGGAGGCAGUGAGAAGGUGGAGGAGGUGCGUGUGCGUGGUGUUGGCGGUGAGGAGGUGGCGUGCACUGACCAAACAGACGACAGUGUUGUUCCGGGUGGAGAGAGGAGGCGGCGAGCCGGCUGUUGGCGUUUGUGGAGGGUCGCCUACGGCAACACAGAAGGGUCGCGAUGUCCUGAGCACAGAUAAAGACGGCGAUGGUGGAGGUCGUGAAGGUGUCUGUGCUCGCUGGCUUCGCUCUAAAUGUCUCUCUUCCACCAUUCUGUCCUCCGUGGCCGACCUGCAGGGGGCGCUAACGCACACUGGCUCCUCCCCUGCGGAUGUGAUGUCAGCCUCUCGUUCCGCUUUGUCCCGCCUCCUGGAUCACCUUCUCGACCAAUCGGACGCUACGUCUUGCUGUGGGUCGGACGAGGAAACGCUGAGCGGCCGGCUGAGACUCGGUCUGAACAAAGUGACGCCUCCACGACCCAACAUGAAGACCCUGGUUUCCACCCUCCAGCAGCACUUCCUGCUCUUCAGCCAACGGCUGCACUCGGCCGAGGUGGAGAGGCGGAGCCUGAGGUUGGAGGUGACCAAUCUGAAGAGAGGACUGCGGCGGGAGAGAGAGGAUACCUGCAGGACGCACAGGAGGCGAGGGGCCGAGCUGCCGGCGAGCGGGGCCACAAUGAGCACCAGAGCCAGAGCGGCUGGUGACCACGGCCGGGACCCAACACUGGUGAUGUGCAGCGGCUACGACCAAGACUGUGACUCUGGGGAUGAUGAAGACACGACGGGUUUAGGAGGGGGCAGUUAUGUUAACGGUUACCGUACUAAAGCCGUAGCACGGUGUGUCGUCCUGACCAGACCAGGUCCUCAGAGCUGGCUCACGUCCAGUCCGGCUCUGGAGGCCCCAAGAGGCUAUCGAGCCGGCUCUCGAACUGCCUACGAGUCUGUGAACAGCUGCAGGGACGCUGCCGACGCUGCCUCAGCAGGCAGGAAGCCAAAAAUAACUCCUCACCUACGGCAGCAGGAAGACAUGUGGUGA